AGUUAAUUUUUAUUAUUUACCUCUUGCCAAAAAGUUGUUGAUAGCUUGUCGAAAAAUGGCUAAAUUACUUCAACGAGUAGAAAUUACGCUGCGUAGUUUUUAUAUAUUUAAUUCAAAGUUCGGUGAACAAGAAGGCGAAGAACACAAGAAAGUUUUGUUUUACCAUCCAAAAGAUAUUGAAUUAAAUACGAAAAUCAAGGAUGUGGGCCUCAGUGAGGCCAUUAUAAGGUUUACAGGAACUUUUACCUCCGAAGAUGAUUGUCAAGCGCUUCAUACCCAGAAAACCACCCAACUCUUUUACCAACCCGAGCCAGGUUAUUGGUUAGUUUUGGUUUUAAAUGUUCCUAAGGAAGUACGUUUAAAGGAGGGCGUGGAGGUGGCCGAGUACAAGGGCGCAGAGAUCUCCGACAGGAUUUACAGAGCCAUUCUAAGACAGUGCUAUCAAAUGUUUCGCUUCCGCUAUGGAAGUUUCUCCUCCUUUGGAUUUGAAGAGCCCUAUCCAGAGAAGCGAAGGGUUCUGCUUUGCCAUGAGCUCCAGAGGUUCUACGAUCAACACUUGACUAACUUAAAGGAUCCCUCGAAUUGUGAUAUUAUCGACAUGCUGCAAUCGAUACAAUAUCUUCCUUUGGACAAAUCACUGUUUUUAAGAGCCCAGAACUUUGGGAUGCUGGGUCAGACCUUUCCCGCCAUUAAGGAGAGCAUCAUGUUCUACCAAGAGCAGGUUCUUUGUGGUGGAAAACUAAGUCCAGAGGAUUUGCAUAGCUUGCACUCAUAUGUGGUACAGGAAGUGUUAAAAUUGGAAGCCAGCAGCUCGUCCAUUGCCGUGAGUCCUUCGCUUAAAAGGAGUAUCAGUGAAUGUCAGGUGGGAGGGUUCGUAAGGAGUCAGCAGAAAGGCGAGGAGGAUAGUCAAGAGUUGGAUAACCUGGAGGAUCCUCUAAAGGUUUAUGUCACCCUGGAGGAACAAGCUAGGCCAUAUUAUCUGCUCAUAUAUCGCGCUCUGCACAUAACUUUUUGCCUGUUUUUGAAUGCUGACCAACCGGCCCCAGAACAAGAACUUUACGAUGAACUGCAUGCCUAUAUGGCUCCGCAACUGACUGCUCUAGCCCGGGAUAUAUCCAGCGAGCUGACUAAGGAGGCGGCGGGUGCUGCGGGUCAGGAUAACUCUACCAGCAGCAAUGAAGCGGCACCGAAAUACUUGUUUAUUAACGAGCAGAGCCUGCAACAUCAUACAAACCUACAAAGGCAUCUGCCUCAAGGAUUGCCCCGCAAUGUCCUUAGUAUCAUAGCGGAUCUGGCCAAUUCCAAUGGCAAACAGCAGGAUUUGGAAAAUUCACCGGCAGAGGAACUCCAGGUUAAGACCACCAACGACUAUUGGAUUGUAAAGAGGCGCUGUAACUACAGGCAGUACUAUGUGAUCCUAUGCAAUAGCAAGGCCACCUUGCUAGAUGUCACCCAGGAAGCGAGACGGAUUUUCGAGCAGGAGCUCACAGAUGAUGUAUUCUUUGACAAAUAAAGAGAAGGAUCAGAUAUAGAA